AUGGCGGAUUCCGACAAUUACUUCAGAGCGGGCGUGCAACUGGUUGGCACGUGCAAUGGCCUGCUCUGCCUCUGCAGCAACAACAAGCCCGGUGGCGUCAUCAUGGUUGUUAACCCUUCCACCCGGCAGAAGCUGCGUGUCUCGCCGUUGCGGGGCGCGGGUCUAUUUGUCGGAAGUCGCCGCCGGCCGGUCGGGUGGGACCAGGCGUACAGCUUCGGCUACCACCCGAUCACGGGGCGGUACAAGGUGGUGCAUGUCCCUUGCAGCUUCGACCGCGUUUGUGAGUUCGAGGCAGUGCAUGUGCUCACGUUGGGUGAGGCGGCGUGGCGGGAGGUCCCGCUGGUCAUCCCCGGAGCCGGAGGCGCAAAGUGCAACCUUGACGCCGGUGUCGUAAGCAUCAAUGCGGCGACCCACUGGUUCACCGGAGGCGACUCUGCACGGAUCAUGUCCUUUGACCUCCAAGACGAGCGCAUCAUCUCCACCCCGCUGCUGCCUGCGCUUCCAGCCGAGCGUGAUCGGUACUACCUGACGGAGGUGCAUGGCAGAUUGGGCGUCGCCAUCUGGGACGGCUCGGUGAAGACGGAGGUGUGGGUUCUGAAUGAGGAGAGAUGGAGCCGCUGGUAUACCCUUAGGCGGGACAUCCCGCGGCCACACUUUGCGUAUGGGGAGUAUGUCCUCACGCGCAUUUCCUUGUCGUUUGAUGUGCACAGAGAGAAAGGCCGGUGGUUAUCAGGUGAGCGUGCAAUGUCGCAGGUCUAUCAGGGUUCCCGUGGUUGGCCGGUUGCAGAGAUGACAGGGGACACGUAUUGUUACCGCACGUUCGCCUAUGUCGAGACUGCAGAGCCGCUUGAUAAUUCUCUUGUUGGAUACUGA